ACCCCCCGGCGACGGAGCCCCGCCCCUUUAAGGGGAGCCUCUCCCCGGCGGUCUUCGUUUCGCGCGCCCGCCUGCGGCUCCGGCGGAGCGAACAUGGCCCAGGUCGCGCGGGCGCUGUGGCCGGUCCGGUACGCUCUGGCCUGGAGGCUGGGCGGUCGCCUCCCGCCCGGACUCCCCGCGCACAGUCGGGCCGGCUUCGCGGGAGCGGCAGGAGGCCAGGGCCCCGCUGCCACCGCCCGCAAGGGGAGCCCGCGGCUGCUGGGAGCGGCGGCGCUGGCCCUGGGGGGCGUCCUGGGGCUGUACCACACCGCGCGGUGGCACCUGCGCGCCCAGCACCUCCGCGCCCAGCGCCCCGCCGCGCAGCUCUCCCUGUCCAGUCGCCUGCAGCUGACCCUGUACCAGUACAAAACAUGCCCCUUCUGCAGCAAGGUCCGUGCCUUCCUCGAUUUCCACGCCCUGCCCUACCAGGUGGUGGAAGUGAACCCCGUGCGCAGGGCCGAGAUCAAGUUCUCCUCCUACAGAAAGGUGCCCAUCCUGCUGGCCCAGGAAGGAGAGAGCUUGCAACAACUGAACGAUUCCUCUGUCAUCAUCAGUGCUCUCAAGACCUACCUGGUGUCGGGGCAGCCCCUGGAAGACAUUAUCACCUACUAUCCACCCAUGAAGGCUGUGAACGACCAGGGAAAGGAAGUGACUGAAUUCUGCAACAAGUAUUGGCUCAUGCUAGAUGAGAAAGAGGCCCAGCACCUGUAUGGUGGGAAGGAGGCGAGGACGGAGGAGAUGAAGUGGCGGCAGUGGGCAGAUGACUGGCUGGUGCACCUGAUCUCUCCCAACGUGUACCGCACUCCUGCUGAGGCCCUGGCUUCCUUUGACUACAUUGUCAGGGAGGGCAAGUUCGGGGCAGUGGAAGGUGCCGUGGCCAAGUACAUGGGUGCAGCUGCCAUGUACUUCAUCAGCAAGCGGCUCAAGAGCAGGCAUCACCUCCAGGAUGACGUUCGUGAGGACCUCUAUGAGGCUGCCGACAAGUGGGUGGCAGCCGUGGGCAAAGACCGACCCUUCAUGGGGGGCCAGAAGCCAAACCUGGCUGAUCUGGCAGUGUAUGGUGUGCUGCGUGUGAUGGAGGGCCUGGAGGCCUUCGAUGACCUGAUGCGUCAUACCCGCAUCCAGCCCUGGUACCUGCGUGUGGAGAAGGCCAUUGCUGAGGCCCCCCAGUGACCCGAGUGUCCUCAGGGAAGCAGCAGAAGAAA